UCUGUUGGAAGUUCUGGUUAUACAGUGAUGGAAAGAGGGCGAAGGAUCCAUCGUCAUUUUCAAGACAUGGGACUAAAAACCAGGGAGACAAUGGCCCAUGUUAAAGAGUCUAAAACAGGCUCCAGUGGAAUUCCUGUGAAACUGAUAACCAACCUCUUCAGUUUAGGUUUGCCCAGGGAAUGGCAGCUCUACCAGUACCGUGUAACAUUUACCCCAGAGCUGGAAUCAAGGCAUUUGCGGGUUGCAUUGUUGUAUGGCCAUGCUGAACUUCUGGGAACAACCAAAGUAUUUGAUGGAGCAACACUGUUCCUUGCAAAGAAACUGGAAAACCGAGUCACAGAACUGUCCUGUGAAACACACAGAGGUGAAACUGUGAAGAUGACCAUUACACUCAUCCACCAGCUGAUACCCAGCAACCCUGUGUGCCUUCAGUUCUUAAACAUUGUCUUUAAGAAGGUUUUGAAAAAGUUGUCCAUGUAUCAAGUGGGACGAAACUUCUAUACUCCAUCAGAACCAGUGGAAAUCCCUCAGCACAAACUCAGCCUUUGGCCAGGUUUCAUGGUGUCUGUUGGACAGUUUGAGAACAGAGUGAUGCUCUGUGCAGAUGUGAGCCACAAAGUCCUGCGCAAUGAGAAUGUUUUGGAAUUCAUGACAGACCUAUACAAUAGGGUGGACCCGGCACAUUUUGCAGAGACGUGUGAAAAAGAACUGGUGGGACUGAUUGUUCUCACAAGAUACAACAACAAGACCUACCGCAUUGAUGAUAUUGAAUGGUCUGUGAAGCCAACAGAUACAUUCCAGAAACGUGAUGGCACUCAGAUCUCUUAUGAAGAUUACUACAAACAGCAGUAUGAUGCUGUCUUGACUGACCUAAAUCAGCCUCUGCUUAUGAGCCUUCUGAAGACUAAGGCUGGCAGCACCGUUGAACCUCGUGUGGUCCACCUGAUCCCUGAACUCUGCUAUCUGACAGGUUUAAGCCGCCGUGCAACUUCUGACUUCUGUUUGAUGAAGGAUUUGGCCCAAGAAACUCAGUUGUCCCCAGAACGCAGAUACCAACAGCUGGGUGGACUUGCUGACAACAUUCAGAGAAAUAGAGAUGCUCGCUUGGAAUUGGAAAACUGGGGGUUGCAGCUUGGGUGUCAGGCUUCCCUGACUGGCCGUGUGGUCACCUCGGAAAAAAUUCUCAUGCAGAAUGAGAUGUGUUUGCCAAUGAAUGCUGCUGAUUGGUUCAGGGAUAUGCGCAAUAUGAAGAUAAUUGGUGUUGUGCCUCUGGAAAACUGGCUAGUGGUGUCCAGCAUCCGAAACUUCGAGCUACCCCAUAAUCUCGUGAGCUGUUUGAGGAGAGUGGGAGGUCCCAUGGGCUUUCACAUUGAAUUUCCUAGAGUCGUGAAAGUACAAGAGAGCUGCAUGGCCUUCAAGCACGUCCUGCAACAGUUUGUCAGUCCUGAGCUGCAGCUGGUGCUCUGUGUGCUGCCUUCCAGUCAGAAGGACUGCUACGAUGCCGUGAAGAAGUUCUUGAGUCUUGAGCGUCCUGUUCCGAGCCAGUGUGUGCUCGCUCGUACCUUGAGCAAGCAAGGGAUGAUGAUGAGCGUGGCCACAAAGCUUGCAAUGCUGAUCACCUGCAAGCUCGGAGGAGAGCUGUGGGCAGUUGAGAUACCACUGAAGUUACUUAUGGUGGUUGGCAUUGAUGUCAACAAGGAUGUGGUGGCCAAAGGAAGCUCUGUGGUUGGGUUCGUGGCCAGCACAAACAUCUCAAUGACUAGGUGGUAUUCUCGUUGCAUUUUGCAGCGUUCAGAAGCAAGCACUGCAGAUUGUUUGAAGGUCUGCCUGAAAGGAGCUUUAAGCAAAUGGCUAAGUUGUAAUGGGCAGCUCCCUACACGCAUCAUCGUCUAUCGUGAUGGAGUUGGGGACGGGCAGCUCAAGCUGGUGGUGGAUUAUGAGGUCCCACAGUUACUAGUUGUGCUUGAUGAAUGCUGUGGAAGUUUCAGCAGUCGACCCAAACUGUCUGUGAUUAUAGUAAAAAAGAGGUGCCCAUGUCGCUUCUUCACUGAAGCCUACAGGAGCCUGCAAAAUCCUCCCCUUGGGACUGUUGUCGAUACUGAAGCCACUCGACCGGAAUGGUAUGACUUUUUCUUGAUUAGCCAAGUUGCUCGCCAGGUGACUGUCAACCCCACCUAUUACAACGUGAUCUAUGACGACAGUGGAUUAAAGCCAGACCAUAUGCAGCGCCUGACAUACAAGAUGUGCCACCUGUACUACAACUGGCCUGGCCUAAUCCGAGUCCCAGCACCAUGCCAGUAUGCCAGUAAGCUGACAUUUCUUGUGGGCCAGAGCAUCCACCAUGAGCCAAGCCUGGAACUUGUGGACAAGCUCUUCUAUUUGUGA